AUGGCGCACGCUUCGAUCGAUCCGCGCGCCCUUGGUGGCGGCCUGGCUCCAGUGGCGGAAGAUGUCACUAUCGCAUCCUCGCCCAGUGGCCAGAAUCUCACUCGCGAAAGCGAAAAAGUCACCGACGCAGCAGUACAACGCGAGACCAACGAUGUCGAAGCGGUGGAGGCUCACAUCCUUCGUCGCACUGCCGAGCAAAAAGCGCAACAGCGCGCUGCGGAUGAGAAACGUCUGGUGCGCAAGAUCGACAUCCGUUUGAUUCCUAUCGCCAUCAUCCUGUACCUAUGUGAGUCAACAAUGCAAUGCAUGCGCUCACUUUGCGAGAUCGAAACAGAUGCUCACGUUCGCGGGCCCCCCAGGCAACUACUUGGACCGGAACACUAUCAGCGCGGCACGACUGAGCUUCAUGCAAAGGGAUCUAGACCUGGACGAUUCUCAAUGGGCCACGAGCAUUGGCAUUCUGUUCGUCUCCUACAUCCCUCUGCAGCUAGUCAGCAACUUGCUCCUGGCCUGGUUCGGACGCCCAAGAUUGUUCAUCCUAUGCGCAGUCAUUUUGUGGGGCACAAUUUCCGCUCUGACCUCCUUGGCACACAACUUUGCUUCUCUGAUCCUCAUUCGCCUCUCGUUGGGAGUGGCAGAGACUGUCCUCUUUCCCGGAAUGCUCUUUGUGCUGAGCAAGUGGUACACGAGAAAAGAGCUCAGCUUGCGCAGUGCGUAGUGUACUUGUCGGGCGCAAAUGCGGUAUGACACCCCACCUGACGUUGUUUCAUGAUCCAUCUGCAGUGGCCCUGCUGUUCUCCGGUUCCCUUAUCUCAAACGCCAUCUCCGGUCUUAUCAGUGCAGGCAUCCUAGGUGGCCUGGAGGGAGCUGCCGGCAUUCGGUGAGCAAGCCUGUUUGCGCUUCCGCUACCGUCAUGUCUCACCAUUUUUCAACUUGACGCUUACGCUUCAUCCCAGCGCCUGGCGUUGGUUGUUCAUCAUCCUUGGAGCCUGCACUGUCGUGAUCGGUUUCCUUUGCAUGCUUGUCAUGCCUGAUUUUCCCGAGAAUACUUCCUUCCUCACCGAAGAAGAAAGGACCUUGGCCGUAGGUCGCAUCGCAGAGGAUGGAGGAGAACGAGAUGACGGAGACGAUCAGGAUGGACAAAAUACGCCGAUGAAUGGCUUCAAGUUGGCUGUCAAGGAUCCUGCAACUUGGGUCUUGACGCUCAUGCAGACGACCAUCACUCUUGGUACAACGUAAGUGCUUUGCUUGCUGUCAAGUGAAGUCCUGUGAGGAUCGAUAUUGACGCCUCUGUCGUCUCAUUUCCGCAGCUUCAACCAAUACUUUCCCACCGUCGUCAGCACCCUUGGAUUCGAAAAGACAACCACGCUGCUCAUCACAUGUCCUAUUUGGGCCUUCGGUGUCAUUGUCUUGCUCCUCAACGCAUUGCACGCGGAUCGCACCGGAGAGCGCACAUGGCACAUUAUUACUCCUCUCCUCUUUGGUAUCGCGGGUUUCAUCAUCGCCUCCGCGACUACUGCUCUAGGAAGCAGAUUCCUGAGUCUAUUCCUCAUGGUGCAGUCUUAGUGAGUACUCGUGAUGGUCUUUGAUGUCUGACCCCGUCAUCGACCCUGACAACUACCACUCUCCGACAGUGCUGCUUUCCCGAUCAUUUUGAGCUGGAUCGCCCAUACCCUCUCUCGGCCGACGUACAAGCGAACAGUCGGUAUCGCAAUUUGCAAUGCUCUAAGUCAAAUCUCCAACAUAGUCGGAGCAUACAUGUGGGGAGAAAAGUACGCCCCGCGUUACUGGCCCGGUAACUUGGCCUGCUCGCUCUGCUUCUUGAUCUGCAUAGGUUCAGCUCUUUCUCUAAGAGUCAUGCUUCUCAGGCGACAAAAACAACUGGAUACAGAGCUGGACGAGGCCGAAGGCACCGCCUACGAUCAUGCUGGGCCUACGACCGACCUCACCAUCGCUCCAGAUGGCGAGAUGGCAGGUGCGGCCACGCAAGACGCCAGCAAUGAGGCUGAGAGCAACACCUUCAUGAAGGCUCUACACACCCUCAAGAGCCGUCAAGACACCAUGUCGGACUUUUCCGGCCCAUCGCGCACCGUGGUGCGUCGGAGGCCCCAGAGGUACUUGGUCUAG